AACACUCUCUCUUCCCAAAUCUCCUUCAAAUUCACCAAACCCUAAUUCUCCUCUGUUUCUCAAUGGCGAUUUCAUCACCCGCCGCUACUUCUUCUUCCUCAACUAAACUCCUCACUUCUCCACCAUCCAUCUCCAUCUCCACUUCCACUAAACCAAACUCCAUAACUCUCUCUUCCUCCUUCCUCCCUUCAAUCACAUCCCUCUCCAUCACAACCUCAACCACACCCUCCCCUCACCGUCUCCUCCGCCGCGCCUUCACAGUUCGCGCGGCGAGAGGUAAAUUCGAACGCAAGAAACCUCACGUCAACAUAGGAACAAUAGGUCACGUCGACCAUGGCAAAACAACCCUAACCGCAGCUUUAACAAUGGCUUUAGCUUCAAUGGGAAACAGCGUAGCUAAAAAAUACGACGAGAUAGACGCAGCUCCUGAAGAAAGAGCUCGUGGUAUCACAAUCAACACUGCGACGGUCGAGUACGAAACAGAGAAUCGUCAUUACGCUCAUGUUGAUUGUCCUGGUCACGCUGAUUACGUCAAGAACAUGAUAACAGGUGCUGCUCAGAUGGAUGGUGCGAUUCUUGUUGUGUCUGGUGCUGAUGGACCAAUGCCACAGACUAAAGAACAUAUCUUGUUGGCUAAGCAAGUUGGUGUUCCUGAUAUGGUUGUGUUUCUUAAUAAAGAAGAUCAAGUUGAUGAUGCUGAGCUUUUAGAGCUUGUUGAGCUUGAGGUUCGUGAGCUUUUAACGUCUUAUGAGUUUAAUGGUGAUGAUAUUCCUAUUAUCUCUGGCUCUGCUUUGUUAGCUGUUGAGACUUUGACUGAGAAUCCUAGUGUUAAGAGAGGUGAGAACAAAUGGGUAGAUAAGAUUUAUGAGUUGAUGGAUUCUGUUGAUAGUUAUAUCCCGAUUCCGACUAGGCAGACCGAGUUACCGUUUUUGUUAGCUGUUGAGGAUGUUUUUUCUAUUACUGGCCGUGGUACGGUUGCUACGGGCCGUGUCGAAAGAGGUACUGUUAAGGUUGGGGAGACUGUUGAUUUGGUGGGAUUGAGAGAGACUAGGAAUUAUACGGUUACUGGAGUUGAGAUGUUUCAGAAGAUUCUUGAUGAAGCAAUGGCUGGUGAUAAUGUUGGAUUGUUGCUUAGAGGUAUACAAAAGGCUGAUAUUCAAAGAGGUAUGGUUUUGGCUAAGCCUGGAUCGAUUACUCCGCAUACUAAGUUUGAAGCGAUUGUGUAUGUGUUGAAGAAAGAAGAAGGAGGAAGACAUUCACCGUUUUUCGCGGGGUAUAGGCCUCAGUUUUACAUGAGGACGACUGAUGUUACUGGUAAAGUGACCAAGAUUAUGAAUGAUAAGGACGAGGAAUCGAAGAUGGUUAUGCCCGGUGAUCGGGUUAAGAUUGUUGUUGAGCUUAUUGUGCCUGUUGCUUGUGAACAAGGGAUGAGGUUUGCUAUUAGAGAAGGUGGUAAGACUGUUGGUGCUGGUGUGAUUCAGUCCAUUAUCGAAUGAGAGUUUUUCGCAAUAGCGCGAGCUGAGCUCUUGUUCUUUGCUUUCUUCUUUUGUUUUUGAGAUUACUCUUGGAAAAAAUUGAUUUGAAAUUAGUGUUAUUUUUCUUCUCUUUUUCUCGCCAUUUUUUUAAUAUGAAAAAGACACAUAAUAAACAAUUUCAUAGAUGUUCUCUGGUUUCAAUCUGAAUUGAAAAGCUCACAUUUGUAUGAA